AAAAGAAAAAGAAAGAAAAAAGCUAAUCUUUUGAUGAUAACUCUUCCACUCCGAGACGACGAUGAGGAAAACUACGAAGACGAAGCUAAAAUGCUCCUCAUCGGAGAGACUGGAAUCGACGUUGAGAGUUUCUCUCCUCUCUGUGACGGUGCACCGGAGCUCCAGCAGUACAACAUCCGCUCAAUCGAGUCAACGGUCGUGAUCCGUCAACUGACGUCACAGGGUCUCUCCUUCCAGCUCUGGCCAGCAGCUUCUACUUUCGUCACGCUGCUCGAUAAUCACCGACGUGACCCUAGCAACAGUCCCCUAACCGCAACACUCUCGUCGCUAAAACCCGACGGUCCUGUCUCCUCGUCGUCGUCUCCAUCGAUAAACAUACUCGAGCUCGGAUCUGGAACCGGCGUCGUCGGAAUCGCUGCGGCGAUCACUCUUUCCGCUAACGUCACGGCGACGGAUCUCCCACACGUCCUCGACAACCUCAGCUUCAACGCCGACGCCAACGCGCAAGCCGUGGCGAGAUUCGGCGGGAAAGUCCACGUGGCACCGCUACGAUGGGGAGAGGCUGAUGACGUGGAGCUUCUGGGCCGGGACGUUGACUUGGUUUUAGCGUCGGACGUUGUGUACCACGACCAUCUCUACGAGCCUCUACUCAAAACGUUGCGUUUGAUGGUGACGGUGAUGCGUUUAGAGGGGAAGAGGUUGAUAUUCUUGAUGGCUCAUCUGAGGAGGUGGAAGAAAGAAUCUGUCUUCUUCAAGAAAGCUCGAAAGGUUUUCGAUGUUGACGUUAUACACUCUGAUGUUCCUCAACAAGGUUCCAGGAUCGGCGUUGUGGUCUACCGUUUUGCCGCGAAACAAACAAAUCAAAAUGGUCGGAUUGUUUCGUGUUAACAGUUGAAGUUUUCAGGAUUAAAAUUUCCUUUGAUAAAAUUUCCCAAAAUGUGUUGUCGAAAGUGUUAUUAAAAAUUAAUGGGAAUUAUAAGCAUU